AUGAAGAUUAUGUAUAUAAUUUUGGUGUUUGUCUUUUUACAAGCAGUUAGUGGACAACGUACACCAACCAUAUCUCAUAUAACUCAAGAACAAAUUAAAGAUAUUGGAGAGAGUGUUGAAUUUCGUUGCUCUGUUCAAUAUGCACAAGAUUUCCCAGUUAUUUGGAUAAAAAUUAAUAAAGAUAGCGCGAAUGAUCAGUUACCUCUUUCGCAUGGUAGUUCAUUAAUCAUAACAGACACUAGAUUUGCUCUCAAACACGACGAGGCAACAUCUACCUUUAUAUUACAGGUAAAAGACAUACAAGAAACUGAUGCUGGAUUUUAUCAAUGCAAAGUUUUAAUAUCCUUAAAUAAUUAUGUAACUGCAAAUGUUGAACUGCAAGUUCGCAGACCACCUGUUAUUAGUGAUAAUUCUACUAGAUCUCUUGUAGUUAGCGAAGGACAACCUGUGCAACUUGACUGUUAUGCAGGUGGAUUUCCUUCGCCUAGAAUCUCAUGGCGUAGAGAAAACAAUGCUAUUUUACCAACUGGUGGAUCGAUCUAUCGUGGGAAUACAUUGAAGAUUUCGGCAAUUCGUAAAGAAGAUCGCGGAACGUAUUAUUGCGUUGCCGAAAAUGGAGUAGGACGGGGUGCUAGACGUAACAUUAACGUGGAAGUUGAAUUCGCACCUGUGAUCACGGCACCCAGGCCACGACUUGGUCAAGCUUUACAAUACGAUAUGGAUUUGGAAUGUCACGUAGAAGCUUAUCCUCCACCAGCUAUCAUAUGGUUAAAGGAUGAUGUUCAAUUGUCGAAUAACCAGCAUUAUAGCAUAUCACACUUUGCAACUGCAGAUCAGUAUACUGAUACAACCAUCAGGGUGAUAACAGUUGAAAAGAGACAAUACGGAGAAUAUGUUUGCAGAGCUGCUAAUAAAUUAGGAACUGCAGAAACAACGGUCGAACUGUUUGAAACAUCUGUCCCUGUGUGUCCACCAGCUUGUGGUCAAGCUAUUUAUUAUGGGGCUGGAGUAGAACGAGUUUCUUCAGGACUUUUGGUAGUCUUAGUUUUAUUUAUUACGGUUGCUCUGAGUUAUUUACAAACGAAAUUAAUUGACGAUUAG